AUGUUGGGAAAAUGCUAUCGAAGCAAAGGAGAUUUACGCAGUGCACUUGACUUUUCUACCAAAGCACUAGAAAUGAAACAGCGCCUACUACCGAGCGGACACUGGCUGAUCGCUGAUACAUUCAAGAAUAUUGGUUUAGUUUAUAAUGAUUUAAAGGAUUACGACAAAGCCCUAAUCUAUUAUUUUGAUGCACUUGAAAUUUUUGAAAAAACGUUACCACCUACACAUCGACAAAUGCCUGAUAUGUUUCGUGUGAUUGUAAAAGCCUACAGUGGAAAAGGAGAUUACGAAGCAGCAUUAAGUUUCUCCAAAAAGAAAUUGGAUGUCUUAAACGGAGAAUUAGAUGAAACACAACCAUCUAUCGGGAGAUUACUUUCUACUACCGGCGAUAUUUAUCGAGAAAGUCAUGAUAAUGUUAAAGCUCUCGCCUACUACGAAAAAGCUUUAACGAUAUUGGAAAAGUGUAGCCCACCCGAAGAAAAACAGAUUUGGUACUGCCUACAGCAUGUUGGUGAUCUUCAUGCAGAGAAUGAAAGCUUCCAACUGGCACUAAAUUCUUAUUCUAAACAGUUAGCUAUUGGACGUAGAAUGUAUUUGUCUGAUAAUUCACGUGUUGGAAUCACUCUUCGUAACAUUGGUAUGAUGAACUUUAAGCUCAAAAAUUACGAAGAAGCCAUGAAAUAUUUAGAAGAGGCUCGACAAAUCUUUCAAUCCAAAUCUCCCGAUGAUCAUGAAGAAGGCAACGAAACUUUAAAAGAUAUCCAUGAAGUUAAAAAAGCACAAAAGACAAGCUGA